AGAAGAACUAACAGCUGGCUUACUGAUUAGAAACUUCCCAAUAAUUUUCAGUUCGUUCUUGUUCAUGAAGGAAAUUUUCACUCUGGAAACGUUCCUGUGGUAUUUCUGCUGUCCAAGCUUUUCGGGUGAACAAAAUGGAGGGUCCCCUGCCUCUCUCCUCUCUGAGGCUCCUGGUUCCUCCUCUGAGAGUGAUGUCAGCUGCCAUGUGGAAGGUUGUUUGUCUGAGAAACAUGAAGCAUUAUGGGAAAGUGGAGGAGUUUGUAUCCAUGGUAUCUGAGGCCAUCCCUGACCUCCUGACAGACAGACAGAUGAGGCUGCUAACUCUGGGCUUAAGAGCAAGGAUGAUGCUACAGCUGUUAAGUUCUAAACAACCAGAGGAUCUCACAGCUGUGAAAACCCACUUAAACACCCUGCUGCUAUCUAGCUCAAACCAGGUUUGUCCAGGAGAUGAAGCUCUUGAAGAGAACUUUGUGAGGCUUGUUCAAAACCUCCUGGAGGACCCAAAAGAAAGAGAACAUUUCCUCAAGAGCGUGUUUCCUGUGGAGUUUGGGCCUGACUUUGAUUCAGCUUUAGAGAAUCUGCUUUGUGAGUUCUUCAGUAGACUGGAAGAGAUGCUGCAUAUACCAGACUUCAAGCAGACUGCAGUGUGGAUCAGUGAUUCGACCUCUGUGCUGGUGGAGUGUGUGCCCAAAGAGGACGACCUCAGAGUUCUGCUCAGGAGCAAGGCCUGUGGAGGGAGGAUGACCAACAAGGAUUCAAGAGUUUCUUCUGACUCAGAGGAGCGACUUCUCUCAUCACUAUCUAUUCCUCCUUCUCUGCAAAAGACCAAUGCCAAAGAUGUGACGUCUAACCUCCAGACACAAAACCAAAGACAAUCUGAGCAUGAUUAUUUUCAGAAGACAAAAUCCAGUGGGAUACAGAAUGUGUGGUUGGCAUCUAAUGAGGAAACAUACAUUGUACAGAUCAGCACUUCAGAGCAAACACCAGCAGAGGAAUGCAGGGAGAGCAACAGAGGAGCCUUACCCACUUGUCAGCCUCCCUCUACGUCUUCUCAGAGUCCUGUUCUGUCUGGCUCUGUGAUUGGCCGACGUCCACGUCAGAGAGUUGCACACAAAUGUGCUCAGUGUGGAAAGUGCUUCAUUUAUCGCUAUCAGCUCCGGGAGCAUCAGCGCGUUCACACCAGAGACUAUCCUUACAAAUGCUCUCAGUGUAGGAAGGCAUUUAGGACGUCAUCUGACAUGUCAGCCCACAGGAAGACUCAGUGCACAGACGCAGCUUAUCUCUGCAUCAAAUGUGGGGACAGCUUCCAGACUGCACAGGACAAGUUCAAGCACAGAUGUGGUCUGAGUGAACAAAAGCUUGACUGUUCAAAGUGUAGAAAGAGCUUUAAGACAAAGUCCCUGCUGGAGAAACAUGAGCUGACCCACACCCAGACUCAGACCUACACAUGCAGACAGUGCGGGCUGGUAUACCCCAGCAUAGGUAAGCUGAAAAACCAUCAGAAGACUCAUCCUCCUCAGCUGUCCAACCAGUGCAGGCAAUGUGGGAAGUUCCUCAGCUCAGCAGCUACUUUGAAAAUCCAUGAGAUGCGCCACCAGCGAAAGAGGACAGGGGUAUGUCCAAACUGUGUGUGUGAGAGCUGCGGCAAAGUUUUUGAGACGAAAAAUCAACUGAAACAGCACAUGCGCAGUCACACAGGCGAGAAGCCGUAUGAGUGCGCGCAUUGUGGGAAACGUUUCUCUAUACCUGGAAACCUCACUAUUCACGUAAGGACCCACACCGGAGACAAGCCGUUUCUCUGCUCUGACUGUGGCAAGGCGUUUGUUUCAGCUGGUGAGCUGCAGGUUCACAGACGUCUGCAUACAGGAGAGAGGCCAUACGAGUGCACUGCAUGUGGGAAAGGGUUCACGAUGGCGGGCCAUUUAAAGGUUCAUAUGCGUGGUCACACUGGUGAGCGUCCUUAUGGUUGUUCAGAAUGUGGGAAGAGGUUUAAAACAGGGACAGAGUUGAAAAGGCAUAACCUGAAGCACACAGGUGUUCGACCAUAUGUGUGUCAGCUGUGUGGGAAGACAUAUACACGCACCAAUCACCUGAACAGACACUUAAAAACUCACAGUGCUGUCUAAAACCAGUUAAUCUGAUUUUUUUGAUCCAUUAUUGUAGUUCUCUAUUUUGGUUGUUGCACAAGUGAUGGAUAGACUUUUGCACUUUAUAAAAUGUUUCCCUCUUAACCCUUUACCUACUGAGUCUAAAAAUGGUGAUUUGGACAUAUUUUGUUAUUAUGGUUGUAAAAUAGUCAGGAAAUGCCCUAAGUCUGAGAGCUUCGGUCCCUUUUCCCAGGAGUA